GAGGAGGGAGAGGAAGAGGAGGAGCCCCCAACUGAUGCUACAGUAUAUAACUGGCACUGUGGAGAGCUGCAGUAGAUCUGAGCAGCCAUAAACUAAAUUGUAUAAAAUGGGACAAGAACAAUCAGCUCCACCUCCACGUCCACGUCCACGUACACCUUCACCUCCACGUCUACGUAUACCUUCAUUUUCACCUCCACCUCUACCUCCACCUUCACCUCCCAAAGAAUUUGAUCAACCAUGGAGGAAAAUGCCUUGGGGAGAAAAGGACAAAAUUGAACAGAAACUGAGGACAUUCAAGCUCAAGGAUACGAGUUCUCAGUUCGUCAGGAUUCUGGUUGUUGGUGAAGUCGGAGCAGGAAAGUCCAGUUUUAUAAACUCAGUCAAUAAUGCUUUCCAAGGACGAAUCACCUCUGAGGCUCUUGUUGACAGGACAGGAGGUACCAGUUUCACAAAGAACUACAAAACUCAUUAUAUUGAAGCAGAGGAUGGCUCCAAUUUGCCUUUUGUCUUUAAUGAUAUCAUGGGACUUGAGGACAGAGAGUCUGGUGCAAAUGCAGACGACAUCAUCAGAGCCAUAAACGGGUUACUUGAGGAAGGACACAAUUUUGAGGCACGUGUGACCGACAUUAAAUACAGAAGCAACCCAAGUGUCGAGGAUCAAACCACAUGCCUGGUCAACAUUAUUGCUGCAGACAAAAUAUCAAUGAUGAAGGAUGGGGUCAUUGAUAAGCUGAAAAAAAUCCGUCAGGCUGCUACGGAACGGAAUAUGCCUCAAGUAAUCAUCAUGACAAGACCAGAUGUAGCAUGUCCACUGGUUCAACAGGACUUAAGGAAGAUCUACACCAGCAAGAAGAUCAAGGAGAAGAUGGAAGUGUGUAGUAAUACUGUGGGGAUUCCUUUGAAUAUCAUUUUCCCUGUGAAGAACUACCAUGAGGAGAUAGACACAGAUGAUGACAUGGAUCUUCUGAUUCUCAAGGCACUUGAUCAGAUUGUGCACAAUGCUGGUGACUCGUUGAAGGAAAAAUCAUUUAAAUCUGGUGAAAAAACUGAGUAGGGACUCAGAUCACAAUGCCUCUGUGUAUUAAUGUAACCCAAAGUGAUUUACACAGCAUUUAAAAAACACAGUAGGAGACACGAUUACUGCUGAUUGGAGAAGAGAACCAAGUAUGUAUUGCUACAAUAAGUGUUAUGCUGUUUUCAGUAUUUAUGGAGCACAUUAGAUUAUUUUACUUUAGUUACAGUUACAGAUUUAAUAAACCCUAAAAUGUAAGUGAGGAAUUCUAUGUAAAUGGUAAUCUUAUUAAUAAAAAAUAAAGCUCUUACCUAAAGAACAAAA